AUGUGGGCCUUGGACUCAGCCAAAAAACUGUUAUCAGCCACACACGACUGGAUCAAUCCGUUGUGUCUUGUCAGUGCUUUUACCAUCGACUCUUGGAAUGUGUUUGCUGAAAAAACUUCGUCUAUAGAGGAUGCAGAGAACCUGGAUGUUCAAGAGCGACACUUUUUAAAUUCGAUGGGCCUCUCAAGUCGUCCACGGCCAUCACCAAACCACGGGCCAGUGCCCCCUCUUUUAUGGAAAAUCUUUAGGACUGACAAGAGACAAAUCGCCACCUCAGAAAAAGACUCAUGCGUGGUGUCAGAAUUUGGAGUACGAGGAAACAUCGUUAGAUUUGUCCAAGACCAGGGUAGAGUGAUUUCUGAAUCGAGCGACUACUGCCCCAAAUGUGUGGAGAAGCAUCUGUUUUUCAACAUGUCCGUGCUCGAGAGUGUUGAGCAACUCUCAUUUGCACAGCUGGAAAUUAAGUUCAAGCAUGAUUUCUUUCUUAUGUCGCAUCAACUCGGUAAACAUGCCUUAAGUAUGUCGCUUUACAAAGUCCUAAGAACCACGUUGAAGGGAAUGAAUCAGGAAUCGAGUCGUAAACUGCUAUUCUCUCAGUCUGUUCAAUUUACUCCCGAUUCUCUCCGUUUUAACUUGACUGACAUUGCACACUCGUGGAGAAAGCCUGGCAAGAAUUACGGGAUGAUACUCUUGUUACACCCAACCCAGCAGAACAACGAUUUAAACCCACUCAGUUACAACAUUAAAAGAGUCAGCUCUAGCAGUCAAAUCGGAGCGAUCCCAGAGUUCUACACGUCGCUGGUGGUGGUGUCCUUGAACCCGUUCCAAUGUCGAUCGAGGAGGAAGAGAAGUGCCUAUUAUUUACCUGUCACGCCCAGCAAUGUUUGCAAACCGAGGCGGCUGUACAUCGACUUCAAGGACGUUGGAUGGCAGGAUUGGAUCAUUGCGCCUCAAGGUUAUGUAGCGAAUUACUGCCACGGAGAAUGUCCUUUCCCCCUUAGUGAGAGCUUAAAUGGCACCAACCAUGCCAUCUUGCAGACUUUGGUUCAUUCUUUUGAUCCAAAGGGAACCCCUCAGCCCUGUUGCGUUCCUAUUAAAUUAUCUCCUAUUUCCAUGUUGUAUUAUGAUAACAAUGAUAAUGUUGUUUUAAGGCAUUACGAGGAUAUGGUUGUGGAUGAAUGUGGAUGCAGAUGA